GAAAUUUGUCAUCUAAACGUCUGCGUCUCUCUGCUUGCGACCUGCUUCGCUUAUUAAGACAAAUUGCUUUCAUUAUGUCUAAAGCUAAUGUACUGAAGCUAAACUCUGAUAAUGCAGUGAGGAUAGAAAACUACCGCCAGUCACUGUAUAAGCAGGCAGAAGACCUGUUCUCCAAUUACAUACCAUUGAAGAUCUCACACCUUGACAACCUGCUGAAGGGCGAUGAGUUUAGUAUCACUGACCUCUCAUCUCUCCAUGCACCCCUGGACAUACCCAUUCCUGAUCCCCCUGCCCCAGAGGACGAGGAGAUGGAGACAGAUAAAAAUGAAGAUGAUGAGAAAAAGAAGAAAGCUCCCAAGUGUGGUUUCAUCAAAGGAAAUGAAAGGAUUGUGAAGUUACUUGACAUUGUGAAACCAGAGAUAAUGGGUCUGAAGGAGACCUGUAUCACUGUUUCUUGCUGGAUUGCUCAUCUGAUUCCCAAAAUUGAAGAUGGAAAUGACUUUGGAGUUGCAAUUCAGGAAAAAAUCCUUGAGAGGAUUACUGCUGUGAAGACCAAAGUCGAGGGAUUCCAGACCAACAUUAACAAGUACUUCUCAGAAAGGGGUGAUGCGGUGGCCAAAGCUUCCAAAGACACACAUGUGAUGGAUUAUCGCUCUCUAGUGCAUGAGAAGGAUGAAGCAGCAUAUUCUGAGAUUAGGGUGAUUGUGCUUGAUAUACGCGGUUUCUAUGCGGAACUGUAUGACGUCAUCAGCAAGAACCUGGAGAAGGUGACGAAUCCUAAAGGAGAAGAGAAGCCCUCCAUGUACUGAAACGGAUGUUUACCGGGACAGAAAUAAACAUGCAGUAGCACAACUUAGACCUGUUUUCAGACUUUCUAGAGAUACAUUACUGAAGUUAAAUCAGUCAAUCAUACAGUGUGUUGUGGUACAUAUGAUAAGAUGAUGUACAGCUCCAUUUGCAUUUAUUUCAGCAUAUACAAAAAGUAAAUCAGCAGAACUGACCAACAAAUUUACAAACAGGACAUGUUAUUAAAGCAAACAACCACAAUAAAAGCAACAGUUUCACAAAAUAUCCUGUUUCUUUAUCCACACUUUCGGAAUAUAUCAUACCAAAUUUUGUUAGAACUUAAAAUUAAUUCAAACACUAAUUCAUUGUAUUUGUUUUAUUGUAACAUAGAACAAUGUUUACAAAAAUGUUUCAGAUGGGUUAAGUAAUAAAAGAACUAAUGUGGAAAACAAACAUAUGCUUGAAAACCUGACAUGACGUUUCUUUCAGAGAACGAGAACUUAAAAUGUAUAUUUUUGAAAAGUCGCUACACAUUUUUCAAACUUCUGGUCCUUCUCCUCCUGGAAUCAGCUGGAAAACAAUAAACAAUUGGUU